GUCAAUUGCAGUGAUACCCAGAGCAUGAGUUGGUCUUCAUUGCUAUUUCAAUGGAACUUUUCCAAAUGAAGCGGUCCACUGAAUACAUCUUGCAAUCGUCAGCAGAGUUAAACUGGAUCGAUGUUUUGGCCUUCUGUACAGCUGAUUGUACUAAUAACCCUCUGGGACUAUUAAUCACGUGCAUAACAGUCUCACUUGUCUUUAAUUUCAUGCGGUUUCUGGUUACUUUUUUUCUUUCGACCGCAACAAGUGACAACAAAUUUAACUGGACGGAGGGUCUGACAUUGUUUCUGACGUGUAUCAAAUUUGGCGAUGGAACCACGAAGUAUCUAGAUCUACAACAGCGAGCCGUUAUCAUCAGAAGCUCUCUUCUCUAUGUGACAGCGAUUUUCCUGAAUUCAACAUACAGAAUAUUAAAUCCAAGUAUGACAUCAUUUAGUGCGAUACCUACUACAAAGCCAUUCAAACAGUUUCGGAUACUUUCAGUGUACAUUAUCAUCGCUGCCUUCUCUUUGUACAUGGUGAACAUACUUUUUCAGUCUGAUAUUUUUCUAACAAUGGUUCCGGUGAUAAUAAUGUGUGUGUUUACCAGUCUUCAAGCAGCGACAUCAGUUGCUACCUAUACAUUGUGUAUAUUCAAUACUUGUCGAGUACAUCCCUUAGAUAAUGUGGAUGACACAUUAUUCUGCAUUAGAACUACAAUCAAAAUGAUCGACUUUCUAUGUUCCGUCUUUCUUGGUUGUACAGGAGUGUGGGUAAUCAUAACAGAGGGACUUAGCUGGAUUCAAACCCCGCUGCUUAUUUUGCAUUGUUUUGAUAACAUCUGGAGGCAGUUACAAUACGAAUGGAAGACCUUUAAUUUCAGAAAAGAUACAGCAAAAAAGAUGAAUUCCUUAGUAACUGCAAACAUGGCAGAACGCCAUGACGAUCUAUGUCCAAUCUGUCACCAGUCGAUGUCUCCUGCUAUAGUCACUCCUUGUGAACACGUGUAUCACAAGAAUUGUUUAAAGAAAUGGCUACACAUCAAAAAUACUUGUCCCCUUUGUAAUGUAGCGUUAUCUACCCUGUCAAAGGAGGAAACUGUCACAGAAAUUCAAUCGCCCUGGUACUUUCCAUUUUGUAUUCAAAUCUUAAUAGGACCAAGUUCAAUUACUCCGUCAUGUUGAAAUUAUCAAAAUCUACGCACUUUUUCCGAGCCACAAGAAAAGUAUCAUCAAAUAUACAAGUCUCAAUGAAUUAAUUACAAACAGGAAAGUACAUAAAACAAGGAAUAAAUUUAAAAAAAACGACAAAAGGGAUACUUUACGUCGGCCACGAGUUUCAAGUGUGCAACUGAAUGUAUCGAAAUCGAAGGGUUUAUAUAAUUGUGGGAUUGUGCAUAGUUUUAUGAGUACACUGUAGUGGUCAGCUUUAACGCUACCUACUAAUAAUAAAUCAUAAGAAGUUACUUGGAUUGAAUACUCCAGAAAUUUUAAAGAA